GAAAAGAUCAUGUCUGUAGAUUCAUUGGAUGUGGACGGAAUGACAGAUUUAACUAUGUGGUCAUGCAGUUGCAGGGUCGGAACUUGGCAGAUCUGCGUCGCAGCCAAUCUCGAGGAACUUUCACCAUUAGUACCACUCUGCGGCUUGGGAAGCAGAUUUUGGAAUCUAUUGAAAGUAUUCAUUCUGUGGGAUUCCUGCACAGGGACAUAAAACCAUCGAACUUCGCAAUGGGACGUUUUCCUAGCACCUGUAGGAAGUGUUAUAUGCUGGAUUUUGGCUUGGCACGGCAAUUUACCAACUCAUGUGGCGAUGUCAGACCACCGCGAGCUGUUGCUGGUUUUCGAGGAACGGUACGAUAUGCCUCCAUCAAUGCUCAUAGAAACAGAGAAAUGGGUCGGCAUGAUGACCUCUGGUCACUCUUCUACAUGUUGGUGGAAUUUGUGGUUGGGCAACUGCCUUGGAGAAAAAUAAAAGAUAAGGAGCAGGUGGGCUCCAUUAAAGAAAGGUAUGAACACAGACUUAUGUUGAAACAUCUUCCUCAAGAAUUCAAUGUCUUUCUGGAUCACAUUUCUAAUUUAGAUUACUUUACAAAGCCUGAUUACCAGCUUCUCAUGUCUGUGUUUGACAACAGCAUGAAAACAUUUGGGGUUAUUGAAAGUGACCCUUUUGACUGGGAGAAGAGUGGAACUGAGGGCUCUCUGACAACAACAACAACUUCGACCACACCUCAGUUACACACUCGUCUUACGCUGGCUGCAAUUGGGAUUGCCAAUGCUACUCCUAUCCCAGGAGAUUUGCUGAGAGAAAACACAGAUGAAGUAUUUCCUGAUGAACAGCUCAGUGAUGGAGAGAAUGGUAUUCCAGUUGGUGUCUCACCAGAGAAACUACCUGGAUCCCCUGGGCAUCAGCGUCCUCAGGAAAAAGAUGUUUGGGAAGAAAUGGAUGCAAACAGAAACAAAAUAAAACUAGGGAUCUGCAAGGCUGCCACAGAGGAAGAAAAGAGCCAUGAGCCAGCGAAUGGAAUGCUUAAUGCACGGAGUCUCGGUUCCCCAAUUCAUGUUUGCUCAGAGACCAUCCAGUUAGAGAGAGAUGUUCCACUGGUGCGAAAGUUACGUUCAAUUCACAGCUUUGAACUGGAGAAGCAUAUGACGUUGGAGCCAAAGCCAGAUGCUGAUAAGUUUCUUGAGGCCUGUUUGGAGAAGAAACAGAAAGACACGAAUGCUGUGGCAGAGACUCCUGUUGCUGCUGUUCCUCCUCUUUCUCAGAAAACACCUAUUCCUGCUACUGCCCGUGUGGACCAUGUUUGGCACUAUGAUGAAGAAUAUCUUCCAGAUGCUUCAAAACCUGGGUCAGCUAAUUCUCCAGACCAUGCUGAUGGUGUUAUUAGCAAUGGAUUUGUAGCUGUUAACUUAAACUCCUGCAGGCAGGAGGUUGAUUCUAAGGAAUGGGUGAUAAUAGAUAAGGAACGGGACUUGCAGGACUUCGGGACAAAUGAGGCUUUAGGACACAAGGUGACUGGAAGUCCCUCAGAUGAAGAGCCAGAGGUAUUACAAGUUCUAGAGGAGUCACCUGCAGAAGAGCAGUCCAGACAGGGUGUUUGUGCAGGAAACAAUGUCCAUGCCAAGAACCAGACUUCAGGGGUGGAGUUUGUUCUGGACAUGGAGUGUCAUCCUGCUGCUUCUGAACAGCUUACAGAUAAAUUGGAACUUCUGUCUGGAGCUGCUGGACAGCUUCUUGCAGCCACCCCUACGAGUCCUAUGGAAGCUCAAGCAGAAGGAGCACUCACUCCGAUAACAAUACCCAGACCUUCAGUGGCAUCCACACAGUCUGCUUCAGAGAGCUUUCACUAUGGCCACCAGCUAGAGAGAAGAGAGCAGGAUGGGCAGUCUGUGGAACUUUCCUCUCCAAAGGAGAGUUUGCCAGGUUUGGUUGUGAUAGAAGAUGCACUUCCAGGUAGUGCCAGCAGACCAGAUUUGGUACUUAAUAUCAGCCAAGAGGUGCUUGACAGGGAAGGACUUGUCAAAGAAUGUGUCAGCAUGCUGGACUGUGGCCAAAAGGACCUACCUGAACAACACAGUGGGAUACAGGAAGAGAAAGAGCUUGAAAACAUUCCUGUGGAGGAGGCUGAUGAAGAAAGGCUUCCAGUGGUUUCUGAGGAUGCCAUUGAAAUGCUAAGCAAAGAACAGAAUUCUUCUUUGCCAGGAAACUCAAAAUCUGCAGAGGAAGAACCUCUAACAAAUACUGCUGAAGAAUCAAAGCCAAGGCCCGUUUGUUUGGUGCCAAAUCAAGAUGAGGUUCUGGUAUUAGCACCUAAAACGUCAGAAUCGUCUCCCUCAAGACAUACUAACGCACAUGUUAAUAGACAGUCAAGCAAAAUAGCAACUGUUCAGGAAAAUGGUUUUCAUUCUGAUAAGGAAGAAGUUCAUAGCCAAGACUUGAAAUGCCACCAAGUGGCCCUUACUACUUUUUUGCAGCAGGAGAACAAAAAAGAGAAAAAUGCUCCCAGAAAUGGAGAGUUAUUGCACUGCAUUUCAGAAAAUGAGAAUUCUUAUCGAUCUAAGAAGGACUCAGUUAAAUCUUUUGUAUUCAGGCAGAGCCGAAUCCCAGUUUUAGCACAAGAGAUAGACUCAAUAUCAGAUUCGUCUUCUGUUUCAGCAAAGGAAAAGCUGCUUCUAAAAAAGGCCCAUCAGACAGACUUGGUCAAAUUACUUACAGAAAAGAGACAGCUCAAAUCUUUCCUUGGUGACCUCUCAAGUGCCUCUGAUAAGUCACUGGAGGAAAAAAUGGCUGCUACUUCAGUACCAUUUUCUGAGGAUGAUGUCUUAGCUUCAUUUUCUAGAUUGACACUGGACUCUCAUUUCAGCAAGCAGAAUGAAGAUAGCUCUUUGUCUCCAAGCAGCCCUCAGUCAAGAAAAAGCAAGAUUCCAAGGCCAGUGUCCUGGGCAACCACUGACCAAGUCACCAGUUCAAGUUCAGCUCAGUUCUUUCCUCGGCCACCACCAGGAAAACCGCCUGCUAGACCUGGGGUAGAAGCUAGGUUACGCAGAUACAGAGUCCUAGGGAGUAGCAGCUCGGACUCAGAUCUUUUCUCUCGUCUGGCUCAAAUCCUAGAGAAUGGAUCUCAAAGACCAAGGAGUUCUACCCAGUGUAAGAGUCCAGGAUCUCCACAUAGUCCCAAAACACCACCCAAGAGCCCUGUCAUCCCCCGACGCAGUCCCAGUGCCUCCCCUAGGAGCUCUUCUUUGCCCCGUACUGCCAGUUCUUCUCCAUCCCGGGCUGGGAGAUCCCAUCAUGAUCAGAGGAAUUCAUCCCCACAUCUUGGGAGGAGUAAAUCACCUCCUAGCCAUUCAGGCUCCUCAUCUUCUAGGAGAUCCUGCCAACAAGAGCACUGCUGCAACAAAACAAGCAAGAAUGGUCUGAAAGGAUCUGGCAGUUCUUUCCACCAUCCCCCAAACACUAAGACUCCCACAGGAAAGAGCAAAUCAACCACUAAGCUUAGCAGAUAG